GUGGUCGUCGCCUUGGUGAUUUUGACCCUGCUGUAGAAAUACCCAUGGAUUACUACAAAGAUAUCAACCAGCUACUCCGUUCUUCCCGCCGCACGCCAGUAAAGGCCGCUCCACCAACGCCACCGACCGAUGAGGCUAUAGAUGGAGAGAUGGGUACAAAGGAUACUGAGCCAGCUACUGUUGUCUCUGAGCCCGGUAACGCCCCAACUCAAGCAGCUGCAUAUCCAAGAACAGUCCAACGUGAUAACAUUGCAAGCGACGCGCCUCUUGUUGUCAACGGCUCAACUUCCUCAACACCUUAUACCCAACCACGGGUAGCGAAGAGACCGGCAAGCCCUUCUAUGGCACAAAAUGGUUCUAGCAAGAGACAACAAAUCCGUGCCAAUUCACUGCUCAUGCUAUCACCCUCCCGACCUCUGAGCAAUGGUCCGGUUGACACUCUCUUCGGUAUGGGCAUGGACAGAAAUAAGGACCAGAUGAGUACUCAACAGUGGGAGAGAUCUGGGACUGAGAAUUUGAACGGAGAUGGUGACAAUCGGAGACCGCACGACUCUCGCCCUGCCUCAGAUCAGCAGACUCCUUCGCAAGAAUAUACUCCAGCUCGACAAACUCCUUUCGGAGAAUACGUUACUCCAAGUCGACAACCCACGUUCCGAGAACAAUACUCUUCGCAAAAGCAAAACCAGCCGCUUUCUCGACUCUAUCACACUCCUCAGCAACAUCCCCCACAGAAUAAUAACAAUUUGUCCCGAAACACUAUGCGGAUGUCGAAAGAGUCUUUUCGUCGAUUCAGAGCUCUCAGUGUCUCCAAUAACCGGGGAUUCCACAAUGUUCACCAAGCAAACAAUGUGGAGGAGUCCGAUAUGGACCUUGAAGACGGGGUCGUAAGAGUAGCAAUGGCUCGAGCAGCAAGCAUGAUGAGAGAAUCAGUUCAGGCUCAAUCUCGUCCACCAUGCCGGGGUUCAACGGCUCCUCCUGAGGUUCAGAAAGGCAGGCCUCUACAUGAGCGUUUGAGCACUCCCAAUGUCGAUCGCAUAAUGAAAGCCACAAAUCCAGGGGAUCGGCAACCGGUCCGAGAAGUUGCUUCAUACGCCUCGCGGUAUGAUCGUAUGAGCCAGAACCGAAACACGCCCCGACCAGCGUCAAGACCUCACACCCCCAAGGCCCCCGCGGCACCAUUCGAGCUUGACUUGCUGGACGAUAGCAGCGACGACGAACUUGAAGAGAAGGACAUGAGAUCUUUCUUCCGUCGUCCAAAUCACAAUCAAGAACAGAAGCAGCCACAAGGUCAAUCGCCAUAUCGACGUGCUCAGACAGCUGUGCCAGAGAGCCCCCAGACAACCAAUCCAUUGAAUAGAGCCAAUACUCCCAAAACCUUACAGCACCAGUCAGAACCCACCUUUUACGCUGCCAGACAGCCACCGCACCUUCAGAGUCCUAUCUGGGCUUCUGGAGCCGAACGCAAGACAACAGGCUCAAUUGCGAGAGCUCAUUCUGCCUUUGAUGCUUUUGGCUUUGUUGAAGAAAAACCUCGCAGUCGAAGCAGGAGCAUUGCGCCUCGUGAUAUUCAAGAGCAGCAAAGGAGUAGAAGUAGAAGUGUGGCUCCACGUGGAGGUCAAUAUGAACAGCGGGGUAGAGGCCGGAGCGUUGUUCCUCACGACUUCCAGAAUGAACAACGAGGUAGAAGCAGAAGUUUGGCUCCACGUACUCCGGCCAUCGAGCGUGUUCGUGCCCAAAGUCAGUAUGGAAGUCCACGGAAUGUUCAGAUCGAGUCUCAAGCCCGUGAGUCUGAAGAAGUAACAUCCGUUCCAUCACGAUCACAAAUCCUUAGCCAUCAGCAGAAAAACAACGUGCCCAAUGGAGUACAUGGAAGCAGUGCUAUCACCGCAACGAAUUCCUUAGAAGUGCCUAAGGAAGCACCUAGAACACCCAGUCGAGCAACCGAACCCAGAACACCUCUUCAAACUCCUCAUCAUGUUGAGAUACUCGAUGUUGAUUCUCCAGAAACGUUUCACACUCCCUUGGAUGUAUUGAUUCGGAAGAAUCAACAGCAGCCUCAGCCCCAACCGGCUAUCCAGAAUGGCAAUGAUAAUCAGGAAAAAGUCUCCAGCAUCUUACCAUCUAGUAGCGCCUUUACAAAGAAAGUCAAAUCCGUGGAGCCAAAGAUAGAGUCUGUUCCGAUCACACCUAAGGAUCGGCCCAGUUCUGGUAGAGGUUUUGCGGCCCCAGAAGUGAUCGAUCUCAUCACUCCAGAAGCAUUGCCUCGAUCAAUUCCCAUGAAUGAACGACUCGCGCCUGUAGUCAAGAAAACAGCACCCAAGAAGACUGUCGCUCCCUCAAACACUCGAUCCAAAGCAUCUAAACCUGCUGCACCACCAAAACGAGUUGCGAAAGAGAAACCUACGCCCAUUGAUCCCGAAGAAGUCCGUCAAAAGAAGAUCGCAGAAUUGAUCAUCGACAGAAUGGUUAAAAGUGAUGAGGCGUCGUUUGACCUGUCACUAUUCGGGGAUAUCGUCUACGAUCAAGAAGCCGAAGACAAGAAAGCGGAAGAAGCUCGUGCCAAGGGUCAACGCGAUCGUGAGGCAAAGAUGGCAGCCAUGCUUGCCAAAGAAGAGGCUGCCAAGAAAGCUGCAGCGGAAGAGCAGGCAAAAAGGAAAGCAGAAGCCGAGAAACGUAAGCGUGAGAAGGAGUUUGAGGAGGAACAGAAGAGAAUUAAGCGAGAAGCCGAUCGCCAGAGACAACUCGCUCAUGAGAACCGUGAGAAGGAAAUGUUGAGAAAAGCUGCAGAAGAGAGAAUCAAGGUUGAUCGGGAAAAGAAGGCCAAGGAGGAACAGCAAAGGGAGCUGGAGAGACAGGAGGCAAAGGAGAAAGCUGAAAGCGUUCAGGCUGAGACCAGAGAACUCGCAAAGCUCAAGGCGAAAAAGGAGCAAGCGAAGUUGCAAGCCGCAUCUUUGAGUGCUGCGAAAUUGACAACAGCUGUUGAUCUAAAGCCAGUCGAGGAACCUGAUGCGCAGAUGGAAGACGAGGACUCUUUGUUUAUGCCAGAAGCUCCGCCUGUUGUGCCACACAAAGCAAAGCCAUUUGAUCGAUCAGGUGUCAAAGAAAGUAUCACAAAAAUGCGCGCUGACAAGGAAGCUGAGGACGUUCGCAAAAAAUUGGAACAGUCUCAGCGAAUCAAGGAGAAACUGGAUAUUCGAUACAAAAGGGGUCCAAAUGCUGUGGCUCAAAAUCCAACACCUGCCCCACGACCCAAGCCAUCUGUCCCAGCACCUCAAUCCAAAGUAGCAAACCGACCAGAUACCGUUGUUGAAGUGCCCAAGCCAGCAUCCCAAUCAAACUCGGAGCCAGAGCCAGAACCUGUUGUGGAGAAACCCAAGCCCACAACGGCUCCCCUAGCGAAGAAUGACCGACCGGCACCAAAACCAAAAGCCAUAGCAGCACCCAAACCAAAAACGGCUCGGGACCGAAUGAACGAAAGCUUACAAUCUCGUAGCUCCUCUUCCUCUAUCGAAACUACACCAGCACCCAGCUAUCUCGACCAACUGGCCGCCAAGAACAUUUUCAAAGGCAUGCCCAAAGAUUUCUCUUCAUUCGGUCGCACGAAGUCUAAGCCUACAAGACCAAAACUCCGUGAGCAUAGACACCAGACUCUACUCAUAUCUGACCUGGAGCGUGAGGAACUCGAAAAGGCCCAGAAGGGAAAAGGGGCCCGUGUGGGGGAUUAUCGGUUGACCGAAGAGCGGAAGCAAAAAGAGGCUAAAAAGAGAACAGAAAUGGCCAGAGAGAGAAAGGAGCAGGCUAUUCGGAAAGAGGCCGAGAAGAAUGGUACCCAGAUCUCAGAAGAGGAGCUCAACUCCCAGGUUGAGGCGUUCAUGGAGAAGCGAGCAAAAGAACUCCAAAAGCGAGCAGAGAACAAAGCCCGUAAAGAACAAGAUCCAGGUCAUGACUUUGGCCGCGACCCCCUGCAGGAGGAACCUCUCACAGCAGCUCAACAGCUAUUUCGCGACACAGAAGUCAACGGUGGGCUAUCACCUGAAGAAUUCCAAGUCAUACAGAACCAACGCGAUGAGCAAGCUGCUCGAGCUGCCUAUGGAAAGAUUCGCAAUAAUGCUUUUGAUCGCGCCUCUGCUCGAACUACCGUUGAUCAUUUCACGGAUUCUGAGGAGUCGGAAGAAGAUCCAGAUCCUGAACCUGAGGUUGAGUCUAGUUUUUCUGAACUCAGUACUCAGCAUACUUGUACGGAAACCGGGGUAUCAUCGCGUGAUGAAACCAGCUCCGAGAGCGAGACCGAAGAAGAGGUCCGAGGGAUGUCGCCCAUGCCGGAAAUGAGCGAUACUUUCACAGAAUAUAUUUCAGAGGCUGAACUUGACGCUCGCGAGAAGCGCCUCAAAGCUCUUGAGAAACGACUUCGUGAACCAGAGCGUAUAGUCAUGAAGUAUCAAGUCUGGAAGCGAGAGAUAACCAGAUAUUUCGAAUCUGAUGAAGAAGAUAAAGAGGAGCAGCAAAUGAUCAAGGAGUUCUGGUCCCUAGCUGAAGCCAACAAAUACGCCUCCGGUCUCGUGUUGAACAAGAUGCGAACUUGCGCUUACAUCAGUCUGAAAGAAUCGAACAAGAAUGGUCGAUACAAAGCUGUGGUCGCACACGACACCAUGCAUGAAAGUCAGGUCUUCAUCGUCGAGAUGCCUAUUGGUCCUGGCGAGCUUUCCCCCGAGUUUGUCUCUAGUAUCCCAAAGCGCUUCCAAGAGAAGUUCUGGGACGUCAUGCAGUUCACGAGCAAAACCAGUGUGAAUGUGGAGACUGGUAAGGCCACGAUUCAGCAUAACAAGCCGAAACGUCAAGGACAAUUCACUUUGUUGGAAAUGGCUAACCACGAGGCGUGCGAGAAGCUUAUUGCAAUUUUCAAGCCAGCUAGGGCAAAUAUCGAACAUAUCGAAUUCUACCAAAAGAUUUGCGAGAAAGUUAGAGAACUUAGGGAUCAGUUUAAUGCUAGAGGGGAGUGCUUCGUAGUUGAGGUUCAGCAGGAUCUGAUCCCUGUGUGGAUUGGCUAUGAUAAUAUUUCGAUGGUGGUGGAAGAAGUUACGUUCCAGGGACCGUUGAAUUGAGAAAGUUGAGAGAUCGAUUGCUAUGAAGAUUAUUAUUAAGGAAGAAAGGGAGAUCUGCGAAAGUGUAUUUUAGACAUCUCGGAUCGCUCAUAGUGCGGAACACCAGCAGACAAUUUCACUAGCAUUAAUUUAUA